UUUUUGACAGACGCUAGCUGUGGAAAUUCUGUCAUUUAAUUUUUAUGUACCUACAUUUUAGGGAAUAUUAAUUAAAAAUGCAGUGUUUUACAUACUAAUUACUUCAGGUUUAUGAAGUUUUGUAAUAAAUCCUAUAUAUGCUAUAAUUAAUACAUAUAUUGCAUUGGGAUUAUGAUAGUUUUUUAGCAAAACAUAAAAUUGAAGAUGGAGGUGUCUAACAACACCGACGCCGUCAACCUUGGCGUUGGCGAAGUGGAAGCAGAAAUCGGAGAAGAAUUGAAACAAUUAGAAGAAGGCAAAGACUUUGAUACUCGUAGUGAAGUGUCUAGUUCAUCCACCAGCGAAUCUACUACUCCUAGUAUCAGUUCUGUUAGUACGAAAUCAAAGGACAGACGUGUAAAUCGCAAACGUACCAAGUCUAAGAGCCAUUCCCCCGUACAAAGUAAGCGAAGAUGUGUUGCAGAUGCCAAAAUCAAAAUAAAAACCUAUGAUUACAUGACUAAGCUCAAUUACUUGUUUAGAGAUACUCGUUUCUUCUUGAUAAAAUCAAACAAUGCAGAAAAUAUAACAUUGUCUAAAGCAAAGGGAGUAUGGUCUACCUUGCCACAGAAUGAAGCUAAUCUAAAUCAAGCAUAUAGAGAAUCACGAAAUGUGUUGUUAAUAUUUUCUGUAAAGGAGAGUGGAAAAUUUGCUGGUUUUGCUCGUUUGGGAAGUGAAUCUCGACGAGAUGUACCACCUAUUUCCUGGGUCCUACCACCUGGCCUCUCAGCAAAAGUUUUAGAUGGUGUGUUCAAAGUAGAUUGGAUUUGUCGCAAGGAAUUACCAUUCAGCAGUACACUGCAUCUAUACAAUCCUUGGAAUGAAGGAAAACCUGUCAAAAUUGGCAGGGAUGGACAGGAAAUUGAACCAAAAGUUGCUGAAGAAUUGUGUCGACUAUUUCCAGAAGAUGAGGGUAUUGAAAUGACACCCAUAUUACGAAAAUCAAAGGAAGCAUCUAAACGGAAUUAUACGAAAAGUGGAGGAAGUUACAGAACAUAUAGAGCACCUCUAUCAUCAAGAGGAUCCAAUUAUAGAAGUAGGUUGGGCUCUACUAGGAGCAGGAGAAAACCGUUUAUGUCUCCAAGAAGCAGGCUGUCUUCAAAUUCAUAUAAGAGAAGAUCUCCCUCACCUUAUAUGAGGGAAAGAUUACCAGUGUGGUUUGGAAGAAGCCGUGAUAAUUACAGUAGCAGUGGCUCUGCUGCUGCUGAGGCUUAUGUAGCCGAGUAUAUGCGCUCCAUGCAUCAUCAACUGCCCCCGUUACCGUACGUGCCUCCACCAGGGUUUAGUGGUGCCCUCUCGACAUAUGAUGGUCUACCACCUCCACCAAUACCACCUCCUCCACGUUACUAUGACAUGUCUGACUACCCACGUUCAGUGUUAGUUUAUGAUAAAAGAUCAUAUGAACGUUCCGUUGAUGAGUUUUUGUGGCGUACUUCUGACCGUUCUCGUGGGCGCAGUCGCGAACGUGAACAACACAGAUCUUAUAGAGAUCGACGUUAAAGUGUAUCUUGACCACCGAUGUAUUAAUUAUUUCAUAUUUACUAAUAAAAUUUUGUGUUUGAACUUUGAACUUUAUUGAAUCAAAAUAAAGAAGUGUUGUGAUGAACCUUUUUGAAUGGAA